GGAAACCCGUGACGAAGACGAACGGCCCAGCAUCCAGUUCCAGUCAGUUUGCAUGAGUGUGGGGUCGGAACGGCACGUUGGCUACUGCAUGGCCGUUCCUUGAUUCCGUUUGGCCAAGUGAGGCCGUAAUUCUACAUGAUGGGGGUGGCAGGCAACCACAAGUUAUCAGAUUCAGAGCGGAAAAACCUCUUUGAUCCCACACCACUCAAGUUUUAUCGGCCUCCUUUAAAAUCUGAUACUAGGGGUCUUACUGAGAAGAUAGCUCAGCUUUUUGUUGGACAAGAGCCUGCUCCAAACCAUAAUAGAAUUAAUAUUUCAGCAAGCUUACCUUCCAAUGUCCAAAGUCCUUCUUCUAAUCAACCCGCUCGCAGAAAAUACUCAUUUUCUGUCAGUCAAUGUGACCAUGGAGAGAAGAGUGAAGAAGACCGAGUGUGUGUUUCAAGACCAACACUUCUAAGUAAGAGUGGUGAAGAUGGAAGAGAAAGGCAAAGUCAAUGCUGGAGGCUAGGUCUAUAUGCCAUUAAAUCACCAGAUUCACAAUUACAAGGCCGACCACCCCUAAUGGCUAGCACUCCAGUUGCUUCAUCUGAUCCAGCACUUAACUGUGAUAUACAACCUAAGUCUCUCAUUACAAAAAAUGUAGCCCUUCACAACCAAAUGACCCAACCUCUGUCCGAUUCUUUGUCAUGUGGUCAUGGAACAAGUGAUACCUCAUUUGAUGAAUCAUUAUCCACUUUUGAAGGAGUUGCCCCCCUCAGUUCUGAAGAUCUUGCGUCAGAGCCUGACUCUUUGCCAGAAAACCAUCGAAGGCGCUUACAUCUGUGCGACGUAGAUCAACGUACUGAAGAUUCUUCAGGAAUAGGUUCACUCAAUUCCAGUAUGCAGAACAGUUCAAGCCACUCUUCUCCUGUGCGUAAAGAAAGAAGCCAUAGCCUGUUACAACUUCCACAGUCAUCAGUUGUGCACUCCAUGAAGGAAUUGAAUCAAACCUCAAGAGGCCUGGAGAACUCACUUGAUUGUUCACUUAGUCAGUCAUCUAAAAAUUCUGUACACAGCUCUACCUCUCCAGUGUCUACAAGGAAAGGUGGGAUGGUAUUGUCAAGAACUGAGUCCAAGAUUUUCCCUAAUUCUCUUAGUAACAGUAUGAGCAAGAAUUCUGACUCUUCAAGUGACUCUGGGACUCCAGGAUCCUCUCCAGGGAAAGUAGUUCAUAGCUGGAAAGCAUCAUUCUCUACCAGUGAAGUUAAGAGACCUACAAGUUCAGAGCUGAAUUUUAAACCAAAUAGUAGUAAAGAGUUCAAGUCUAAAUGGGAUGAUAACUCUUCAAAUUCUUCUAUGGCUUCAAUGGGACUGCCUACAUCCUUUGGACCUAGAAAUACAAUGAAAAGAAAGUCUGUUAAUGUGUCAGCAACCAGUACAGACUUGAAUGAGAUACUAAGGGAGAGCUUUUCUAAGAGAUUUUCAUUUGAAUCUGCUGACUGGCGUUUACCGGACCCUGACACAUUAUUUACAUCAGAGCCAUGGAAAAUUAACCAGUUUCUCAGACAAAAGCAACGGUUAAAUACUGUUAAGGAUGAACUUAAUGAUCUACCUCUACAAGACUGGCAUAAACAUACACGACGUCGAAAUAUUGCUGGGAACAUAAUAUGGCAGUUGAGGAACAAAAUUGAUCCAGAAUUCCCAACCCAAGCAUGGUGCAAGUUCUAUGAAAAUGUCGCAUCAUUUCCACUGGUACCAGUGAAAGCCAUAAAAAACAAAUGUUUGAACUCAAUCCACCUGUGUGAAGCUCCUGGUGCCUUUAUUACGUCUUUAAACCAUUUUCUGCAUGCCAAUUAUGGAGAUGACUUUAAAUUUGAUUGGAGAGCUGUAACUCUGAAUCCCUAUUAUGAAGGCAAUCCUCUUUCUUGCAUGAUAAAUGAUGAUCGUCUGAUUCUGAAAACCCUGGAUAAGUGGCUGUUUGGGGAAGACAACACUGGAGACCUUAUGCAGCCUGCAAACCUCAAGAGUAUAGCAGAAGGAGCCUCUCAGCUUGGCCAAAUUCUUCUUGUCACUGCUGAUGGGAGCAUUGAUUGCCAGGACAAUCCAGCAGAACAGGAGGACAUUGUGUCUUGGCUCCAUUACUGUGAAACUGUAGCGGCCUUGCAGAUCCUCGCUCCAGGUGGCAGUUUCCUUGUAAAAAUGUUCACAUUUUAUGAACAUUUUUCAAUUGGCCUCAUGUACUUGCUAAAUUGUGUCUUCAAAAAAGUUAUCGUAAACAAACCUGUAACCAGCAAGGAAGGCAAUUCUGAAGUAUACGUCGUGUGCCUUGAUUACCAUGGAGCACAUGCAAUUAAACCAUGGCUAGAUGUCCUCUCAAAGCAUUACGGACCGAAGGCUCCACCUACUACUUUGUUCUGUAUGGAUGAUCUGCCUGUUUGUUUUGUGGACCAACUGUACAGAUGUGCUGAUUUCUUUAGAAAGGCACAAACUCGUGUUAUUGAAGAAAACCUUCGAUCCUUCCAUCAUCCAGCUAGACAAGACAACUACCUCAUCGCUAGAAUCCGGAACAGAGUGGCUGAUGACUUCUUUGUGAGAUAUGAACUAAAGAAGCUGGAUCGAAAAUUUUGCCUGGUGGACAAAAGAAAUAUAAAUGGCAUUGCAACACCAAACAUUGAUCCCAGGCAAGAGGAAGGCUCCUUUAAUGAUCGAAGAAAACGUCUGACCCUGAGUCCAGAGGAAGAACUUAAGUACCUGAAAGAUGACCUCAACAAUCUGGCAGUUGCAUGGCCUGGGGAUUUUGAUGUAUUUUGGAUGGAUUUUCCUGAAAACCCUAAAGGCUUCAAAAUUGUCAGGGGCAAACCAAUCUCUAAGGUUCAUAGCUCAAAGUUCUGCCUAGGACGUCUUUUGAAGAUUCGCAACAGGGUUAGAGAAAUAGCACAGCAGCAUUACAAAGUUCGCAUCUCACACAAGGUGUCUUCUGAAAGUGAAACUCGGAGUUUCCCAUGGCCCGAAGAUUCUGAUAGCCCAACAAAGAGGAAAGUCCUUUCAUUGGACUUCAAGAACGAGCUGUGGGCUUCUUUAGAAGAUGGCAGCAACGCCCUAAAUGAGAAAAAUGCAUGCAGAAAAAUUUUGAAUGUCAUUGAAAAUGACAUUUUUAGAGAUUACUGCUUUGAGCUAAGGGGGUAUCCCAUGUUAACUCAGUUUAAUGUUGGAUUAGUUUUCCUCCUUGGCCACUUAUUUGAAAAGGUAGGCUUUGUUCAACCCAAGGGACAAGACAUUCGGGUUCUGUUUUACAACUACCGUAAAUUUAAUCCAGAAAUGAAACGACAUUGGGAUGAUGUAGUUGCGGGUAUGGAACGUGACAGUGAAACAGUUCUAUCCGUAAUUCAGGUUUCUCAGCUUUCAGAUGGCGAUUUCUAUAAAUAUGUCACAGAAAUUAACAAUCUGUGUGUUCUUGAGCAAGUUGAGGACUUGUUGGCAUUAAUGUCAGCUGACUAAUAGACCUUUCCACCUUGGCUAUUUCACCCUUCUUUAUGUCAUCUGAAAACAGUGUAUUUUCCACUGUGUACCGGAAGGUAUUUGAUUGUGAUAUCCUCUAGUUUUUAUCUUGCCACCUUUUUUUGUUUUUCAUAUUAUUAUUUUUCUUGACGCUUUGAUUUAUUUUGCAUGUUCUCAUAAGUGAAAUGUCAAGCUUCAAUCAAUUAAUUCGACUUAUGGUAUUCAUUUUAUUGCAUGAAAAAAUGUUAUUCUAUUUUUUUGAAUGUGGAGAAUUUUUUAGGAUUGAUAUUCGUCCAUAUAAGUAUCUUGAUUUUUGUUAUCCUUGUAAUUGGAAUGUUUAUUGAAUCAAUAAUUUAUAAUGUCUUAAAGCAUGGAAGACAUUGUAUUCUGUUUUGAAUAGACAGAAAUAUUUGACGUAGGUGCAGUUGGUUUGUUUGCUUUGUGUUUUGUUGGCUUACAAAAACAUUUUGUGAAUCAUGUCUAAUGUUAGUCUUGCUUUGCUUUGUACUGAACUGAUACCCCAAAAUCACAUUAUCAAUGUGUCAUCAUAUAAACACCAUCAAUUUAAAGCCAA